AUCGUGUUUGCGGUCGCUGCCCGAGGAGGAAUUCGGGGGAGCUCGAGGCCGGCGCCCGGGAGGGAGGCCGGCAGCGGCAGCAUGAGGCGAGGGACGCGGCGCCUGUGAGCGGCGCGGCGGCGGCUCCGCGCGGCGCAGCGACUCCCCUCCCCCGGCCGGCGGCGACUCGCGGCCGCGGCGCCCCCCGCCCACUUCGCUCGUCGGAGCGGCCGCCGAGGCCCGCGGGGGGGCGGCCUCGGCUUCGUCGCGGCGACCGAGGACGACCGGGCCGGGGAGCGGCCGGGAUGGCGCGUCCGCGGCCCCGCGAGUACAAGGCAGGCGACCUGGUCUUCGCCAAGAUGAAGGGCUACCCGCACUGGCCGGCACGGAUUGAUGAACUCCCAGAGGGAGCCGUGAAGCCUCCAGCAAACAAAUACCCUAUCUUCUUUUUUGGCACCCAUGAAACUGCAUUUCUAGGUCCCAAAGAUCUCUUUCCAUAUAAAGAAUACAAAGACAAGUUUGGAAAGUCAAACAAACGGAAAGGAUUUAAUGAAGGAUUAUGGGAAAUAGAAAAUAACCCAGGAGUAAAGUUUACUGGUUACCAGGCAAUUCAGCAACAGAGCUCUUCAGAAACUGAGGGAGAAGGCGGAAAUACUGCAGAUGCAAGCAGUGAGGAAGAAGGUGACAGAGUAGAAGAAGAUGGAAAAGGCAAAAGAAAGAAUGAAAAAGGAGGCUCAAAACGGAAAAAGUCAUAUACUUCAAAGAAAUCCUCUAAACAAUCCCGGAAAUCUCCAGGCGAUGAAGAUGAUAAAGACUGCAAAGAAGAGGAAAACAAAAGCAGUUCUGAAGGUGGAGAUCCCGGCAAUGACACCAGAAACACAGCUUCAGACCUGCAGAAAACCAGCGAAGGGACCUAACUACCAUAAUGAAUGCUGCAUAUUACGAGAAACCACAAGAAGUUUAAAUGUUUGGUUGUCCAAUAUUCUUGGAUUUGAUAUGAACCAACACAUAGUCUUUGUUGUCAUUGACAGAGCCCCAGUUUGUAUGUACAUUAUUCAUAUUCCUCUCUGUUUUGUUGGAAAAAGAAAGACAUUUUAACCUUUUUUAAGGUUGUUGAUUUAAUUUCAUGUUAUUAGGUUGCAUGAUGUUGCCCUUAACCACUAAGAAUUACCAAAAUUUUUGCACAGACUCACACAUCUAGGAUCCUUUUAUCAAGGCAGUUGUGUUCAUUUUUCUGCCUUUACCCCACCAUCACCAAACACUUAAUAUUUUAAGUGUUUAAUAUUGGCAUUUUUAGGUGACCACAUAAUACUUACGGAUGGGAUUUUCUGUUUGACUGAACCCAAGAACUAAUUCCUAGAUACAUAAUGUUCAUAUAUUGAAGAUGAAAUUAAAUCAUCCUUCAGUUUUGAGGCCAUGUGUAAAGUUCAACCAUCCUGUACAGUAUCUAUUCUGUAUUAGAAAUAGCUAGUUGACAGCUUAUAUUUCUCAAAAUUCAUGUUAUGUACACAAUCUGAGUUUUUAUAUGUAAAAUUAGUGAGUCUUUUUUGUGUUACUCCAAAAUAAAGGCAAGGAUUUAUUUUUUCCUCGUGCCAGUACAAUUUGAGCUAAUCACUCAAGAUGGAUACUUUACAUUUUGAAGCUGAAAUCAGCAGCAGCCCUAUGGGAAACCAGACAAAGCAUUGAAUUUUAAAUACAGACUUUAAAAUGAACAGUUUUCUUUUUGAAUCUAGAAUUAAAGUAGUUAAUAUUCAUCCACAAACCAUCAUAUGUACAUUAUUGUUGCUCUUGUGAUAAUAGAGAAUUUUUAUUUCUUUUUAUGCCAGCUUACAUUGUGCAAACACAUUUAGUCAGUUUGGGUUUUAUCAAUCCUGCUAUGCUUGUCCUUGGGACAUUUUUUCCUAUAUUCAAGGUUUGUAGUUGAAAAGUUUACUGUAAAAAAAAGUCAAAAACAAAUUGUAUUGUUUUUAUGAAUAAAUUUAUUGGAAUGUGUACUGGGAGUAAGCUCUGAGGCUGUAAAAAAAAGUUAGUGUAAUCUGGCUUUAUAUAUGUAAUUGUGAGGUAUUAAUGUAAUUCCUAUAUUAAAGCAAAAACUGUUAAGAGCAAGUUGACAAUAGAAUCAAGUAUAGGUAAGGGCUUUUAUUUUCAUCUCUCCAUCCCCAUUUUAAUCCUUUGGGUUUUAGGUUAAUUGGAAAGGAAUGACAAUACAAUUUGCCCUCCUAUCUAGGAAAAUAAUUACCAGCUCAGUGGACCUUAGGUUCACAUUUGAUAUUGCUCAUGCGUUUAGACCCCAUUUCCUUUUGGCUUCCUUAUUUUGGAAGAGAAAAUCUGAGAUGCUGAUGCUGAUGGUGGUUAUGGUAACUGAGGCUACACAAGCUCCAACCCACAUACCACUGCAGGGUUGUGAGUAGAAGCUGUGCUUUUGGUCUGUUUCUGUCAUUUAGCAAAUACUGAUUUACUAUACUUAUUCACAAACAGUUUCAAAUAUGAAAAGUUCACAAAGAAAGUAGUAAGGAUGGCAAUUCAGUACUUUUUCCUUAAAUGGUAUUUUAAAAUUUUGAAUAUUUUGUUUUAAAACUAUGAAAUGCUUAAUUCAUCAAAAGUGUUAUUGUUCACACUAAAAUAUAAGAAUAAAAACAUUUUGAUUUAGAAAAUAUAAGAGAUUUUCUUAACUAAAAAGUCAAAACAUGGAAAUAUAUAUAAAUCAUCUCAAAUGUGAUUUAAUUUGUUUUCAUAAAAGGCCAAAAAAUAAUUUUAUUAAAAAUAUAUGUAGAAAUACAAUAGAAAUAUUCUCAGCCAACCAGCAAAACAAAUGUCCAUUAUGGGCAGUGAUGAAGCUAAUUGAUCUUGCUUCAUCUAUUGAGACUGACACCCAAAAAUCUUGUUAUGAAAGCAGUUUUUAAAUUGGCAGUAAAUAGGGGCUAGGGAUUUAGCUCAGCGGCAUAAACACCUGCCCUGCAAGCAGGCAGUCAUGAGUUCGAUCCCCGGUACCGGAAAAAAAGAAAAAAAAAUGGCAGUAAAUAAUAAACAUUCCUUAGGAAAACUGUUUCUCAAAUAGUUAAAAAUAUUAUGAUCUGCCUUUUAAAUUGAAGUUGAUAGUGUAACAUAUACAUCUUAUAUGCAAAAGUUAUUUCUCCAACCUGUAAUUGCUGCUUUGAGUUUUUUAUAUGUACAGAACACAUUUACUUCUGAGCAGUUUCAAUUUUAUGCUAUUAUAGGCAAUAAACUAAUUUUUCACUUACAAUUAUUUAAUAUGUACAAACAGAAUCUUGAGAUACAUGGUCAGGUUUAUUUGCAGGCAAUUUUGAUGUAUUUCUUUAAACAAACUUACUCAACAACUUCAGUUUUCCUUCCAAAAAGAAAAGAAAAGUUACCCGCUAUACAGUAUUACAGCUCACACAUACAGUGCAGAGUAAGAAUUUGUGUUUUCUUAACUGUUGUGUUUGAGAAGGGAGUGAAAUGAGGAAAUGAUCAGUACCAGUGUAACAAGUCAGUACUCUGGAGAGGAAGAACAUGGUAUACCAUUUUUAUUCCACUUUUUCAUCUGACUUUCUUUUUAUGAAGAACUCCGGUUUGUAGAUACAACGAUAGGCCAAGAGCUGAGGAAGAACUCCAUAUGCUAUGUUUAAUACUAAAAAAAAGAUUUUCGCUUCUUCAGGGACUCUGUAGACAUAAGCAGUUCUAGCAUGGAGAGAAGCACCAAUGUGAGAAAACUGAGCCUGUUGUAUUGGGGAAAAAAAAGAGGGGAAGAGUAUAAGCAUGAAAUUUAUCUCCAAUGGGAUGAAGGGUAAGUUCUGGACAGCUAUUUCAGACCCUUUCUGUGCCCUCACAAACAGCCUCUAGGGCAUAAUAACACCUUCAGAUAACCCUAAUCUUUAAUAUGAGAGUCUUUCAUUACAUCUAAGGCCAGUCUUGAUAUCUGUUCAAAUAAAGUAUACUUUGUAUAGUGUAGCUAUAUCAUGUCAGUUCUGUUUUCUAAUCUACCCAAUACCCCGUAUCAAAUAUUAGUGGCUCAGUUCAACAGAAGAAAAUUUUUGUUUCCUGAUUUGGAUUCUGUAGAUUCUACAGAGAAACUCAGCUGUAGCUUACAAGUUAUUUUCCAGUAGAAAUAAAGUACAGAGUUUUAAAAACUAAAAUAUAUUUAAUAAAUUAUUUAAGAAGAAGCACUAAAGAACUCGGCUUCAUUUAUCAAUCUUUCAGUUACUCCUUGGAGCAAGUAACUGAGCAAAGCUCUUUUGUUACAUAUUUUUAUUUAUUUAUUCAUGUAUUUGUUUUUUAUGCAACUUAAAAAAUAUUAAGGAUUGUUUUGUAUUAUAAGGUUAGCAGCAGGGUAGGGGUAGGAGUAUGAUUGCUCUUUGUAAAAUGGCAAAUACAUGGGCAGACAGCCUUUUCAAAUCAAACUAAUUUAUUUAGAAGUAUGACUUGUCAGUGUAAUCCAAGUUUGCAAAACGGAAAGGCAAGGGCCUCCCUCUACUUGUACACUUGUUCAAAACAUGCAUCAGAAUGUACCAGUUGGUCUUUAUAUAUACUUUUCAUAAGCACAGAGGAAGCCUAUGGCCAGCCACAGCAGAAUUAAAAAGAGAGAAGAGUUCUACAGAAAGCUUGUCUCAUUACAGAAUGCAGCCCCUACAUGUACAUUUCAUGUCUUGCUGAAAUCCAAGAUACACAUGAAUAACAAAUUAGGAACCUGAAGGUAAUAAAUUAUUAGUUCAGCUGGGUCAAAGUGAAAAAAUAAAGGACUACCAACUAGAGAAGACACAGAAGUAACCAGGAUGAAUAAAUAAUUUACUUUAAAUAUAUUUAAGUUACCUAACAUCUCCUUCCAUGUGAAAUCAGUUGACUCGGUGAGUGUUACCACUUAACUGCCAUGACAAGAAAGGGGCAAGCUUUUAUAAGCAGCAUGUUUAUGAAAUUUGUAUCAAUAGUGAAUAUUUUAAUGGGCUACAAUUUUACGAAUUAGUGGUAUAUUCUGGAUACCUCUGGUACGGUUUUGCUAUUUUCUGGAGAUAGAAUUUAGAUUACUGUGGUGUGUUUCCAAGGACCAACAGGUGGAUUGUCUGCAUUGAGAGUCACGGGCACUAAGGGCUCUGCGCUCAUACGCACCUCCCCAGGGCAGAUACCAGACAACCUAGCCAAUGCGUUUGCCUCCCUGGGCUGCAGCCACAAAUGACCUUCAAAAUAAAGGGUACUUUGGGGACUGCCCUGAGGAGCUGUGGACAUUCUAGAAACUCUGAAUAGGAGCAUGGCUCCUGUCACUGUUUUUCUCUAGGGCCUUUUUGAAUGACUUUUUCUGAAUAUAUAACUAAACUUUCUGGACUACCGGCCAGUUUUGAACCCUAGUUUUCAGAAAUAUGGGUUUGGUGGCUUUAUAGAUACUUGUGUGCAUCACAAAAUCAAAAGAUUUUGAAAACUGCCCACUGUCCUUUCAGAGAAUAAAUAACGAGCAGUUGUGCCUACUGCCUGCAUAGGAAAACCUCAAAAUGUCAAUGAUUCCGUAGGCCCUUGACCUGCACUGACCGUGCAGCUAAUACCUCAUUUUCACAGACAGCAAACCAUGGCAACAUUAAAAACAGAUUCAUGUCCUUAGAUUAGAUUGUAAGCCCACCGGGCAGGUACUGUGUCUGAUGUUUUGUGUGGCACCUAUCACAUUGUUACAGCUCAAUAAACGUUCAACAACA